GGGACGGUAUUCUCUCUUGUCCGCUACCGCUAUUCGUCUAUUCUCACUUUUCAUUUUUAUGAAGUAAAAUUUUGCCAAGACAACGGUUUGGGUGUACGUUGUAUUAAUGUUUGCUUCACUAGUGGGGUAGCAUGCCAGACUCAAGUGAGUUUGGCACAAAAAUUCUCAGUGCUUCUCGUUUUUGCAUUCUCGUCCCUAUUUUCCUUUUCCAGACUCAUUGCCGUCGGGAUCUUGGCCGAGCGCGGUCUGGGUAUGGAACCCAGUGCUUGCUCGGUUUCAAGUUAUCGCCUGGUAGAUUAUUUAUAAUGGCGUCCGUGAUCUUGGGAAUUGCGAAUGUAUCAUAAAGAGAUUGCUACACUUACCACGAUCAAGCCAGGUGAAGAGCAAACGCAACAGAUAAAAUGGCACUGUUUGGAGUACAGUUUGUACUCAGUGUUGUUAUGGCAACCAUGUUGCAGAAGUUCUCCCCUUUCAUCUCCCUAGCAAGAUGGAUUCUCUGUAAUGAACACCUUGUUAGAUAUCUUCAUCCAACUGAUGAAGAGCUUAAAGGACUGAUUGGAAAGAACUCUGCUGUGACAAGCAAAGGUAAAGGAAAGAGAGCAGCUCCUACAGAUGCCAGAAAGCGGCAAAGUAAUGCUGCAGCUGUUGGAAGUAAUGGUGAGGAAGUCAAGACAUUUACAGUGCCCUGCAACAUUGAUGUUCAGCUGGACAAGGCUACGAUUGAAGAGAUUGACUUACUCCCCCAGUUCCUUUACAAUGAUUACAAAUGGCUGAUUGAUUUCUCCUUCUGUGCAGCUGUUAUAAAUGGUCUCGUUGAAAUCUUUGCAUUCUUUUUACCUGCAAUCUACACUCAAGAACUUAACCUGGGGCUGGUGUGGAACUGCCUUGUAAUCUUCUUUGCGCUUAAGGUUUUGUAUUCUCUGGCGGCAGCUUACUGGAGAGGGGAUGACACCGGCGAGCGUUCUAUGUGUCUGACAUUCGGUUUGUUCUUUUUCGUGGUGGCUAUGGCCGUUCUUGUGAUUGACGAGUCUCUUCUGGACUUUGGACUUGAUAAAGGUUACGAAACGUUUUCCGAAAAGGUCACCGAGUUCAUGGAAAAGCAGGGACUUCCUUCCAGAGGUCCUGCUCCAAAAUGGGUGUUCAAGCUAUUUCUCGCCGUGGCGUCGGGUCUACUCGGCGCUUUUCUUAGUUUUCCAGGCAUGCGACUUGCCAAUAUGUAUCUGGAUUCACUGUUCUACUGCAAAGAGACUCGCGUCAUGUUGGUCCUUCUCCAUGUAAACUACUUGGCCCCUUUGUUUCUUGUCCUGUUAUGGGUGACGCCCAUCGUCCAAGGACCCUUGAUGGCCGGCUCGUGGAAUACUGACAGUGACGACAAACAAACAGAACCUGUAUUAACAGAGAAAGGCUACUCCAACUUUCGUUUCAUCCUGCUCCUGUUGUUCUGUGUUCUGCGGUUGAGUUUGGUGUGGCGACAUCUUCAGUCUUACUUAGACAUGGCUCACGAGAGGAUAGAAAAGAUGAAGAAAGAAACUGGAAGAAUCACCAACGUGGAAUUACAACGCAAGGUCGCCCGCGUGUUCUAUUACCUGUCAGCGGCUGCUCUUCAAUAUCUGGCUCCAACUAUUCUUCUUCUGUUCUCUGUCUUGACGCUGCGGACACUCGGUUGUACCGACUGGAAUAGUAAUCCGGUGGACGUCUCUCGUCUCCAGUACUCCUCUUUGAUAUCGAACAGUACAAGAGAAGCUGCGCUCAGUCUGCGCGGAGUAUUCACGCCGGCGCUGUUUGAGGGAGUCAUGUCUUACAUGGUCUGGUGGCUGUGUACAUCUUGGUUCAUCACCUCGCUCUUUGGAGUUCUUUAUCUUAAGACGUUUGAAGCAAGUUGACAAGGUCUGGACAGCGAAACAAAAUGGUGGCGAUUUUGUGGAGAGCGCGGUGGGUUAUGGGGAUCGUCCAUUACGAGAAAGAGACCGGCGCGCUGCGAAAAUGACGGGUUUGCAUGCUUGGUGUAAAGCGUGCGCGCUUCAGGUUUCGGAAUACGUGCAAUCAGUAUUUAUUUUAAUAUAUGAGUUCCUGAGUUUCUAUUGUAUAGGUCGAUGUAAAACACCAACAAUGAUUACCUCGCCCUUUAAAGGUCUUUCACGAAAAGCUCCUCUGUGGGUCUUGGCGACAGGACGCUUCGGGAUUCUUCGGAAAUCUUCGAGAUUCUUCGAGAGGCCCUGUUGGUGUUUGCGAUGGUGCGGUUCUGUUUUUUAAUCCCUGCGUUCUCGAACUGAAAGAAAGUGCAAUGAGUCGUAAGGCUUCCAGGUGACCGAAGGAUCCAGUAACGAGAUGAGAGUUACCAGUAAGAAGCGAGUAGCAACGCAUGCGCAGGUCGGCAAUGAACGUGGCGUACUCCGAAGCCCAGAGCCCUCGCUUGCGCAAGUCCAACAUUUGUCAAGGGAGGGGCCCGGGAUUCGAGAAAGUAGCGCCUCGGUAGCAACUGAAUCAAUAAAUAACAAUGAACUGAAACACCUGGCUUAGUCAUUUGUUGAAAAUGUUUUCAUAUUCCAGAUGAGACGACCAAAAAUAGUCUUCAUUUAUACACGUUAUUUCCAUCAGUCUAUUUAUGAUAAUCAAAUAGCUAGGUAUCUUCCUAACUACAAUCAAAAAAAAUAAAAGUUCUCCCCAAAAUACUGAAACUGCUUUUCUUGGAGGCCGUGUAGAAAACAAUUACUCAAAACUGUGGCGACUUAGUUUAGUCUUGAACUCGGUUAAUGAAGUUGCUUGUCUUAGUUCUAUAGGUAAGUUGUUCUAAAACUGAGCUCCUCACUACGAAAAACUUCUCUUCAGAUAAUCAGUGCGACAAGAAAAGGAUAUGGCACCAGAGGUGUUUGCCAUACGCCUCUAAAAAAGUUUGGAAAACUGUUGAGUUAUGAUCAAUCUUUGUCCAAUAGUCAGCAAACCUACCGAAAGUGACAUUUAUAGUUCGAUUUCUGGUAAUCGUUGUUCUUUCCCGUUGAGAGACUGAAAAAGGUGAAAGUGAACUACAGAAUUACAUGUUAUUAUUUCCUUAUGAUUCGUUCCGAUCGGGCUGAAAUAGCUAGUGCGCAGGCUCAAGAGUCUCUUGGUAGGCUCUAUUGUUUAGGGAUUGUGGUGGAGGCCUGAAGCCGCGUUUUUUGCUGGAAGAGAUGGUCUCGUAACCUACUUGCAAAGCCAGGAGGCAUAGCUAAGGGACAAAAGAAAUACCCCAAAUCACCGUCCACUAAGCGAGUAUAUUUAAUAGCAACGGACUCCUCAGAAGUUAUCCCUUAGCCUUAGGCGGAGGAGACAACGCCCUUGAACCUUGAAGGGCGGGGUGGAGGGGUACUCUAAGAAGCAUUGGUUGAAGGUAUGCGGCCCCCUUUCCGAAAUCUUUACCCUAUUUCAGACCAAAAUCUGCCAUUUUUCCUACCCUCUAGACCUGACCAAAAAUUAGAUAACUUAUAUACCUAUGUAGGGUAUCCUCCCUUCCCCCUUCCCCCGCCCACUCCGCCCAGGGGCCAGCUGUUUCUCGGAAGCCCCGGAAACUUUUCGGUCCCGCAAAAUCAUUUUUAAUUAAUCUGUAUCUAAAAACAGAGAGG